GAGAUUAUAUUGUAAUUAAAGUUUUAUUGAGAGAAGUCUAGAGAGAGAGAGAGAGAGAGAGCAGAAAAAAAAGGGAAGAGAGGAGGAGGCUUUAAAUGCAGCCCCCUGUCCUCAUUUUGUGAACCCAUCUCUGCCUUCACGUGUUCAGUGUUCUUCUCCUUCCUCCCCUUAUCCUUUAAUUUCUCUCUUCAUUUUAUAAAGCCGUCUCCUCGGGGGCAGAGAGUGAAGAAAAAUUGUUGCUUUGCUUGAUUUUGGUGGUGAUGGAUGAUGGCAAGAGAGCAGCCAAGGCCUUCGUUGAUCAAUAUUUUCCUGUGAAGGAGCCAAAUUCCAAGCCCGCUGAUAUUUUUGGGGACCUCUUCUCGUCACCAAACUCAAAGAAGGAGUCUCCUAAGAAACAGGGACAUGGAGGUCAGAGUUUCAGUGCUCAUAUUCCGAUUACAGAUGGAAAAUACCAAGGCAAUCCCAACAAAAGCCAGAACACUUCUCAAAAGGGCAGCAACUCAACUGAACACUGUGAAAUCUCAGAGCCAUGCCUUAUGAGCUCGUCUGUUGAUUAUGGUUGCAGAGACAAUUACCCGUAUAAUCCAGACAAUCGGUACCCCGGUCCUUCUUAUUAUGUAGAGAAGAAGGAUAGAAAGGAUGGUUCUGAUUACUCAAGCCCUGAAAUUGCUGGAGCAGAAUGGUGGCAAGGAUCAUUCUACUACUGAAGGUUGGUCAAAGAAUAGAUGCUCUGUGGUUAAAGAGGAAGAAGGUACUACUGGAAGCUGCUGAAGAUGGAUGGUUUCUAUGCUGUACACAAAAAAGUGAAUGUUUUCUUUAAUCCUUCUUUUUAUUUAGGGUUAGCAGAAUUGUAUAUGUUCUCUACUGAAAGUAGACUGUUAUUAAGAGACUGGUUAGUUUUUUUUUUCCCCUUUCUGUGUGGACUGUGACAGCUUGAUUGCUUAAUCCCAGUUUCUAUUGUAUUAUGUUCUUGAAUAAUUAAGACAGUCUCUCAGCUCUUUGUUUGAUUUUAUAAAUCGAAGAUGUAAUUGUUAUCUUAA